GCCCUGCGCGGUGCGCUGCCGGUGGUUCGGCUCUGCCGCAGCGCCGCUGCUCCGGGGACGUCGCUGGGAGGCGAAGGCAGCGGCUGCGGGGGCUGCGGGGGCUGCGGGGGCUGCGGGGGCCGCAUCCCGCCCGACACAUCCCGAGAGAAGGGCUGGAAGGGACCCGCGCCCCGCUCCAUCGCCAUCCCUCCGAGCCAUGACCCAGGGAAAGCUCUCCGUGAACAACAAACCCCCCAGCUCUGAGGGGCAGGGGGACAAGAAGGACAAUGCCACAGCCCCCCCGGCUCCUCCGUCCUAUGAGGAGGCGACAGCGGGAGAAGGGAUGAAAUCCGGAGCUUUUCCUGCCCCACCCGCAGCCCAGCUCCACCCCAGCUGGGCUUAUGUGGAUCCCAGCACCAGCCCCAGCUACGGCAGCGGGGGGUACCCGGGGGACACGGAGCUGCUCACGACCUUCAGCUGGGACGACCGGAACGUGCGCAGGGUGUUCAUCAGGAAGGUUUACGCCAUCCUGAUGGUCCAGCUCCUGGUCACCGUUGUCAUAGUGGCUUUCUUCACCUUCUGUGAACCAGUCAAGGGCUACAUCCAGACCCACUCCGCCUGGUACUGGGCUUCCUACGCCGUGUUCUUCGUCACCUACCUGAUCCUUGCCUGCUGCUCUGGGCCCAGGAGAUACUUCCCAUGGAAUCUGAUCCUGCUCAGCAUCUUUACCCUGUCCAUGGCCUAUCUCACUGCAAUGCUCUCCAGUUACUACAACACCAAGUCGGUGCUGCUGUGCCUGGGGAUCACGGCCCUGGUCUGUCUGUCCGUCACCAUCUUCAGCUUCCAGAGCAAGUUCGACUUCACCUCGUACCAGGGCGUGCUCUUCGUGCUGCUCAUGGUGCUGUUCCUGGGGGGGCUGGUCCUGGCUGUCAUCCUGCCCUACCAAUACGUCCCGUGGCUCCACGCGAUCUACGCUCUGCUCGGGGCUGGGAUCUUCACCAUGUUCCUGGCCCUGGACACGCAGAUGCUGAUGGGGAACCGCCGGUACUCACUGAGCCCCGAGGAAUACAUCUUUGGAGCCCUCAACAUCUACCUGGACAUCAUCUACAUCUUCUCCUUCUUCCUGCAGUUCUUUGGCUCCAGCCAGGAGUGAGGGCAGCGGGGCAGGAUGCUCCCUGUGCUGGCAAAUGUGAGGGGUUAAAUUGAGAAGCAGAGGUGAAAGGGUUCAAAACUGCCAGCCUGACCCAGUCCCUCCCUUUCUGGUCCAUCCAACGCCCUGAGGAGCCCCAGGCCCCUCCCGCAGCUUUGUGCAUUUGCUGCCAGGCCUUUGUGACCCAGAGAGCAAAGCAGGGCUUCAGUGUGUGUCCCUUCUGCUCCCCCAACUCCCUCCCAGCCCAAACCUGUCCCCAGGCUGGGGCAGGAGACCAGGACCUUCCUGGCCCCAGGGGCUGCUGGAGCCCUCUGAGUCCUGCCCAGCAUGGGGUGAAAGUGCUGUGACAAAACAGGGCAGCAGAGCAGGGAAUUUGCUUAGAUCCUGGCAGGAAAAGCAGCUGAGCCAAGGGAAAAGCCUUGGGGAAUCCUUGAACUGCCCCGUUUCCCACAACCCAUUGGAGCUUGGUGGCCUCUGCGCUAUUCCUGCUGUUGGAAACGUGGAGUGUGGGAUCACGUAGCUGGAUUUCAGUGCUCCAGGCACAGAGAACCUGUUUGUUCAGGACGUGCAGCUCUCUGAGGUCAUCCCUGGUGCCACUGCUGGGAAAAUUCCCCUGGAUCCCUUGCAUCUGGCUGAGUGCCCUUCCCCUUCCCCUUCCCCUUCCCCUUCCCCUUCCCCUUCCCCUUCCCCUUCCCCUUCCCCUUCCCCUCCCCUUCCCCUUCCCCUUCCCCUUCCCCUUCCCCUUUCCCUUUCCCCUUCCCUUCCCUGUCCCACCCAGGGGACUGUGCUGGUUCUCUUUGGAGCGUGGCUCCCCAGUGAGGGAUUGGGAUCCCAGGGAAGGAAUAUUGCCAGGAAAUGGCAGAGAAGAGAUGGAGGAGGCUGAGUUUCCAUGCUGGGAAAUGCCAUUCCAUGUGGGAUGCUGUGACCCACCCUGAGGCUCUGACACCCUCCCAGAACUGUCUUGCUUGCCCCAAAUUAGCAUUGCUAAGGGGUUCCUCCAGGGAUGGAGACCACUGGAACAGCAAUGUUCCCUCUCCCUGGCUGUUUUCCAUUUCUCCUCUCCCAGCCGGGAAUGUCAGCGCGGGCUCUGGAUGUGCUCAGGUAACUUUCCACCGUGGCCAUGCUCACAUUCCCUCUUUGGGGCUCAGCUGGCUGAUUUGGGCUGUAAAGCUCCCCGGGGAGAUAAGGGGCCUUUUGCUCUCAUUCCAAGAGUGAUCCUUCCUGCAGAUAGGAGCUGGUAUCUCCCAUCUCGCUGGGAAUGCCCAUCAGGGAGCUGCCUCCAGCAAUUCCUGCUGCAGAGAGGCUCUGCCAGAACGCUGGAACGUUCCUGCUCCUUCUGCCCCGGGUUUUACCCCGCACAUGUCCCGUCCUCCUGCCUCACAUGUCCAGGGAAAUUUACUGUGCAGGGAAUGGAAACGCUCCAGCCCCUCCGUGGCUGCAGCGAUGAGCAGAAGUGAUGCCUUCCCCUAAAACAUCCCCCAGAAAAACCCAACCAGACAAAAAAAAUCUUGUCCAGGUCAAAAAACUCCCAACCAGACAAAAAAAACCCCCAGUCUGACACAAAAAACCCAACCAGACAAAAACCCCACAACUAGACCAAAAAAACUCUGACCUGACAAAAAAUAAAAAAUCCCUAAUCAGAAUAAAAAUAUCUCAUCCAGAUCAAAAAUCUCCCAACCAGACCAAAAAAAAAAAAAAAAACCAAAAAAACCCAAACAAACAAACAAACAAACAAAAAAACCCCACAAAAAAACCCAAAAAAAAACAAAACAAAAAAAACCAGCCAGACCCAAAAUCCCCAACCAAAGCCAAAUUCUUUGUAGGGAUGAAGGACACGACAAGGUGAUGCCAGCAGGAAGUUCAUGCCCUGCUGGUUCCUGCUGAGGAGAACCAAAUCCUUGGAUUGCUGAGCAGGCAGGACUGGGAAUUGCAUGGGAGGCACCCUAAAAGUAGAUGGAAUAAGAGUUUUGAGAGGGAACUUCCCGGCCCUCUCCUGGCUGGGCAGCCUUUCUUUGCUCACAGUUAUUUCCUGUAGGGAUUUGUGCUUUCCAGGCUUGGAGGGAGGAGUGUGGAGCUCCAUGAUGAGCUCUGGCUCUGAAACAGUCCCAGAACUCCUCCAAAAUGCCCUGCUGGGAGCUGGGGAGGAACACACGGACCUGCAGCCCCUUCUGGAAUUGUUCUUUUUCCUUCUGGUGUGGAGUAAUUUUGCUGCUGCUGCUGCAUCCUGGCUUUGCUGCUGCUGCUGCUGCUAUCAUCCUGGCUUGCUGCUGUUAGAUCCUGGCUUUUCUGCCCCUGCAGCCUGGCUUUUCUGCUCCUGUUGGGAACACCUGGCAUGACCUCCUGUGUCCUUUUUCCACAUGGAUCCCACCCCAGCCAGCCCUGAUGGAUGCUGAGCACUGUCCUGCUCAGGAGGCUGAGGGAUGCAGGAUUUGGGGUGGGGUGUGGAGGGUUGCUCCCCUUCCUCCUGUGUCCUCCACCCAAAAUCCCCAUCCAGCUCCAUAUCCCAGUCCUUUGGAUUGGUUGUUCCUAUGAUUUCACUGUAAAUAGAAUUUUGUAUCUUCUCUGACUAUUGCUAAUAAAUGGUUGCAAAACUGUU